CCACCUCGUACUCGUACUCGUCCUCCCCUUUCCUCGGCGACGCCGCGUUCUCUGGUCUCUGCCACAGCGCCUCCCCUCCGCCUCCGGUCUCUGGUCCCGCAACCGCGACGAGAUGGCCGAGAUUGAGCUGAAGACCGCACCUGCUGACUUCCGCUUUCCUACAACGAACCAAACCAGACACUGUUUUGCGCGCUAUAUUGAGUACCAUAGAUGUGUCAAUGACAAAGGGGAUGAAACUGCUGAUUGUGAGAAAUUCGCCAAGUACUACCGCUCUCUUUGCCCAGGAGAAUGGGUUGAGAAGUGGAACGAGCAGAGGGAAAACGGGACCUUUGCAGGGCCCCUCUAAAUCUUAUUUGAGAGUCACCGUGGACCUACAGCUUUCAUCACUCCAGAUGUUUUCUUAUUUAAAUUUGUGUUAUUGUCUCGUGUCACCUAAGCACUUACUGUAAAACAGUUUGUGAUGCUGUUUAUUUGGAUUGCACUCAUAAUUUAAUCCGUUUUUGCUACUAA